ACUCCGCCCCCUGUCGUCUGUUAUGCAAAAGUGACCACAUCCCCCGAGGACUGCUAUAGCGCAUGCGCAUACAAUGUCACAAGAUGGCGGAGAGUACGGAACUGAAGCAAAUGGUAAUGAGCCUUCGAGUUUCAGAGCUGCAAGUAUUGUUGGGCUUCGCCGGACGGAAUAAGCACGGGCGCAAACACGAACUUUUGACCAAAGCUCUGCACUUAGUAAAGGCUGGUUGCAGCCCUGCCAUGCAGAUGAAGAUUAAGGAGCUCUACAGACGGAGAUUCCCAACCAAAAUGGUUUCGCCGGUGGACCUGGCGCUGCCCGGCGUCCAUUCCGCCUCCGGUCUUCCCGCGGGCCUCUUCGACAGCCACGGUUCCCCCUCGCCGCUGUUGCCUGUUUCGCUGCUCGGGCCCAAGCACGAGCUGGGUCUGCCUCACCUGCCCUCCGCCCUGCACCCCGUUCACCCCGACGUCAAACUGCAGAGAUUGCCGUUCUACGACGUGCUGGACGAGCUCAUCAAGCCCACCAGUCUGACCUCCGACAACAGUCAGCGCUUCCAGGAAGCUUGUUACGCCUUCGCUUUAACGCCGCUACAAGUUCAACAGAUCAGCAGCUCCAUGGACAUAUCGGGGACCAAAUGUGACUUUGCUGUUCAAGUCCAAUUAAGGUUUUGUCUAUCAGAGACGAGUUGUCCCCAGGAAGAUCAUUUCCCUCCAAAUCUAUCUGUGAAGGUGAACGGCAAGCCCUGCAACCUCCCCGGCUAUCUUCCGCCCACCAAGAACGGAGUUGAACCAAAAAGACCCAGUCGCCCCAUAAACAUAACGUCCCUCGUGCGGCUCUCCACUACGGUCCCCAACACAAUUGUAGUUUCAUGGACUUCAGAAAUUGGGAGGAGUUUUUCCAUGGCUGUUUAUUUGGUAAUGCAGCAGUCGUCCGCCGUGUUGUUGCAAAGACUACGAGCCAGGGGAAUCAGAAACCCCGACCACUCCAGAGCUCUGAUCAAAGAGAAAUUGACGGCAGACCCGGAGAGCGAGAUUGCCACCACCAGUCUACGAGUGUCUCUUCUCUGCCCCCUCGGAAAGAUGAGGCUGACCAUCGCGUGCCGAGCGUUGACGUGUUCCCACCUCCAGUGCUUUGAUGCUACGCUUUAUAUCCAAAUGAAUGAGAAGAAGCCCACGUGGGUGUGUCCAGUGUGUGAUAAGAAAGCACCAUAUGAGCAUCUCAUUAUUGAUGGGUUGUUCAUGGAAAUCCUGAACAGCUGUUCUGACUGUGACGAGAUUCAGUUCAAAGAGGAUGGAAGUUGGGCACCCAUGAGGUCAAAAAAAGAUGUGCAGGAGGUGUCUGCCUCCUUCUUCGGAGUAGACAACGAUGUGCCUCAUACUGAAAGCCACGAGCAGAAACGGGCGCCAGCCAACGACAACAGUAAGAAGGUCGACGUGAUCGACCUGACACUGGACAGCUCGUCGGAAGAUGAGCUGGAUGACGAGCCGCCUCCGAAAAGGGCCUGUCCGUCGCUGUCGCCCAUCUCUCCACCUCCGACAAAAGGAGUGCUGAACCUUCACAACCAGACGUCGCCGGUGACAAGAGCUCCCAGCAUGCCCCCAUUAGAGACCAGCUACAUUCCUCCACCUCCGCCACUCAUUCAGGACUACCGCCACUUCUAUCACUCAGCGAGUGACCUGCCAGAUCUGAAUUUCUUCUCCUUCCUCCAAGGCGACAAUCAGCAUUACAACAUGGUGAUGGCGGCGGCGGCGGCCGCCUCAGCUUCGGAGGACCCGGACCUGCUCCUCAACCGCUACCUGCCCUACGGCUCGUCGCCCAUGCUGCGGGAGCCGCCGGGCACCCCGGGCGGCAGCGCGCUGGCGGCCACCAACGGAGGCAGCAACAGCGGCAGCACCAGCAGUUUGGUAUCGUCCGGCAGUCUGCGGGACAAAGAGCGAGAACGCGACAGGGACAACCACACCAUCUCGGGACUGUCGAGGACCUCGGUGGAAGCGGCGGCGGCCAUUUACGGCUCCAUAUCUGACGUUAUCUCUCUGGACUAGCUAGCUCCUCACAAAACUGACGCACAAGGGAGACACUGAGACAAGGAGGUCUUUGUAAAUACGGAGGAGAGAGCUGAACGAAUACAGUACUAUGUACAGAGAGGAAAAUCUAUUUUCGAUUUACUUAUCGUGUAUAUAAACGUAGGACACGUCCUGUCCUGUGGGUGGCUUCAGUUCAAUAUUUUCUGUGAAGACUGAAGACUUUUUCACACCUCUUCAUGUGGUCCUUUUAUUAUAUUGUACCUUUUGUACUUGCUUUUUACAGUUUUGUUUUCGAUAUUCCAUGUCAAUGGCAUUAGUUUAUUAUAUUAUGUGCACAGAACCCUCAUGAGGUGAGACCUUAUAGAACACGAUAUUUCGCAUCAAAAACAAAAUGGGCAUUGUCACGGGUGUUCGCCAGGCAAGUCACGGCAAAACAAGGAAAAAGGGUCACUUUUUUCGAAAUGGCACAAAAAAAGAAGAAGAAGAGAUGUUGACAACAGAGAGUUUUGCCAUCACUGUAGACAUUCAUGCUGCGGUCACAUUAUUUUAAGGACUUAUUUAUGAUGUAAGUUAUGUUGGAUGUAUACUGUUGUUUCUUUUUGAAGCAUUCCCCCUCGCCUCAAACUGUUGCCACUAGAAAUACAAAGCAGGUCCUUCUCUCUUCCCUCUUCUCUUGCUUGCUUGCUAGCUAUUUUGAGUCGGAUCAAGCAGAUUCUUAUCCAGCAUAAAUUGAAGCUAAGUAUAUGUAAUCAGUAUUGUAGGGAAAUUCUUCCUCAGCGUGUGAGUGAAUGAAUGAAUGAAUGAAUGGCUUUGAUCCAGUAGGCGUCACCGUGCUAAUCAGAUCGAAAACAGAAUUGACAUUUUCUCUCGCUCGCAACCGGUCUUCGUUCAUUUCGCAUUAGAACAAUGUCAGCAAAGUGAAAAACGAUUUACUCGCACCCCUUUUCAGAAUUUUUGGGAGCACUUGCUUUCUCCUUUCAGACUCAGCACAGAAGUGAAGCAUUGACUAGUAGCAAACAUUUUGAGAGCAGUUUGUGUCUGAAAAUGGGAAAAGCUCACCUGUUUAAUGGCUGCUCCUCUGCUUUGAGAGGCCAUACGUUAUUUGGGGUUUGUGUGUGUUGUUUUUUUUGGCCAAUUUACAAACUAUUUGGGACAUCUGCAUCCUCACAACCCAUCUUACUCCAACUAUUGAAGUCAACGUGAACUGCCUUCUUUUUCUCGUCUUAUUCUUACAAUUACUAUUAUUUAUUAUCAGAUAUAUUUUCAGCAUUUGUUUGAUUUAUGCCUAUGCAUUGCUGUCAUUGUAUGUGAUAUUUCUUUUGUAAUGAAAUAAGUAAGGCUAUUUAAAAAUGACAUUGUUGCUUGACAUGCAUUGUAACAUUUUCCGUUUCCCUAUCAGAUGAUGUCAAUAACUCAAUAGAGGCUUUGAGCAUUUUGAACCGCUAAGAGGUCUACUGUGCUGUUUGAUAUUUAUAAGAAUUAAACAGAAAAAUGUGU